UCAUAAGAAUUAUAUCAUUAUAUUUAUGUGCUCAGAGGCAUUAAAACCUUGCAAAAAUGGGGCCCAAUGUUUUUCUGAUGCGGAUAGAUGUGAUAAUGUAUCUAAAUGUGAUGACGGUACCGAUGAAGAAGGCUGCUUUCUUGGCCAAGACGUGUUGGAUACAUCAACGAAAGCACAACGUACGGAUCCUAUAAUAAGCAUCGAAUGUUAUGAAAGUACAAGGUUCUCGACAACAACAAUCACCACUACCACGACAACCACCACUACUAUCACCCCACACGAAGAAACUAAUAAAGAUGAAGAUAUCUUAACAACACUCAAAAAACCUUAUGUUAUAGCCGGAAUGGUAGUUGGUGCUUUGGUCCUUAUAACUGUCACAGCAGGCCUAGUUUUAGCAGUGAGGCGAAAACAGAAAAAUUCUGAUUCUGAGGACAUUAUAAACGAUAUGUGGAUUUCUGGUAAAGAUUCUGGGAAAGAACUUGAACCGCUUAACAUGUGAAGCUUACGUGAAUGACAACUUAGUGAAAUGUAAUCGUUUUUUUUCUACAACGGUAAUUUGGUGGAGAUUUGUGCUUUAAAGUUUUUGUGCUUUUGUUCUAAACAAUUUUGUAGUUUCGCUGAAUUGACUACGUUAAUAUUUAGACUAUGAUGACCCUGGAAUCGCUCACCUGAAUACAAAAACUCUCCAUGACAAGGAACAAGUAAUAUUGUAAACUUACUAUAAACAAAAGCAGAUGUAAAAUCUAAAUCUUAAAGUGAAAUCACAAAAUUCAUAUUUGUACAAUGUAUCUGAAAUAGUGCAUGUGUAAAAACAUAACUGGUUGCUAUUGCUAAGUCCAUAAGAUGUGUACAUACUCAAAAAAUCAAUGACCCCUGGGGCAGGGUCAAUUUUGACCCCCAGGGCUUUUAUUUGAACAAACCUGAUCGACACUCACUAGAAGAUGUUUCAUGCUAAAUAUCUAAUCGCUAGCUCGUUGGGCUGUUUAAAGAAGAUUUUGUUUUAAGUUUUUAUUAUACGUAUGCAUAAAAAGAAUAUCAAUGAUCCCCUGUGGCGGGGCCAAUUUUGACCCCAGGGCUUUUAUUUUAAUUUACAAGAUAGACACUCACUAGAAGAUGUUAUAUGUCCAAAAUCUAAGCUCUAACUCUUUUGAGUUUUUAUAAGAAGUUUUUUUUUUCCAUAUACAUAUAUGGAAAAUAAAUUACCCCCUGGGGAGGGCCAAAUUUAACCCCAGAGAUUUUAUUUGAACAAACUUGGUAAAUACCUAUUCGAAGAAUGUUUCACGCUCAAUAUCUAAACUCUAGCUCUUUGGGAUUUUUACAAGAAGAUUAUUAUUUAAGUUUUUACUUUUUACAUAUAAGAAAAAUAAAUGACCCUCCCCGGGUGGGGCCAAUUUUGAUCCAAGGUUUUUUUGUUUUAACAAACUUGGUUGACACUUACUAGAGGAUUUUUCAUGCUAAAUAUCUAACCUCUAGCUCUUUGGGGGUGUUUUUUAAAUUAUAAAUAUGGGGCGGGGCAAAUUUUGACCUCAGGGCCUUUAUUUGAUAAAACUUUGUAGACACUCACUAGAAGAUGUUUCAUGCUUAAUACACUACCGCUAGCUCUCUGGGGUUUUUAAAAGAAGAUAUUUUAAAGUUUUUACUAUAUACAUUUAAGGAAAUUCAAUGACCAACCGGGCCGAGCCAACUUUGACCCAAGGGCUUUUGUUUGAACAAAUUUUGUAGACACACACUAGCAGAUAUUUCUAGCAAAAUAUCUAGCUCUAUUGGUUUUGUAAAAGAAAAUUUUUUUAAGUUUUUUUCUUUCAGUUGCCAUGGCAACCAGAGUUCUGCAUGGAAUUAAAUCAUUUGAACAAUUUUCAGAGGUGAUCACCAAAGGAACAUUCCUGAGAAGUUUAGGUGAAAUUGGCUUAGUGGUCUAUGAGGAGAAGUCGUUUAAAUUAAAAGUUUACGGACGGACGGACAGACGGACGGACGUCGGACGGACAGCGACCUCAAAAGCUCAUCUUGUCACUUUGAGACAGGUGAGCUAAUAAAGAUGUGUCGCUGGAAGGACGAAUAAAAAAAUAGUGCUGUGUGGACGGGCAUAUAGCUGAUAUUAGUAUUAUUUUAUUUUCAUGCAAAUUUGGAUUAUAUGAGAAUGUAAUACCAUUCAGUUAUUCUGACAAACAUUACGUAUAUGCCAUUAUAAAACAGACAUUGUAUUAGCUUAUUACUUAAUUUUACAAUAAACAAACAAUCAAAAAAUUGGUUACUCCGAUCCUCGAUCACACGAUUGAUCUUUGUUAAGUGAUGACAUAUUAUACAUAAAUGUUUACAGAAGUAUUUGACUAGUACAUGUAUAUAUUGUAUUUAAAUUAAGAAUAUGUUAAUAAUAUUCAAUUGUAUUCAUAUAUGGUUAGCUCUUCCUGUACAAUAAAGGUUAAUUAUC